AUGUUCUGGAUACACGGGGGAGGAUUUAAGGCAGGAUGUGGAAAUGAUGAUCUGUAUGAUCCGUAUGCACUGACGAACGAAGACGUUAUUGUAAUCACGAUUAAUUAUCGUUUGGGAAUAUUUGGUUUUUUGUCUACCGAGGACAAGGUUAUUUUGGGCAACGCGGGAUUAAAAGAUCAGCUAUUGGCUAUGAAAUGGACACAAAAAAAUAUCGAGUUCUUCGGUGGAGAUCGAAAGAAGGUUACCAUAUUCGGUGAGAGUGCUGGCGGUAUGUCUGUUGGGGCACACAUAGUGAGCGAGAAAUCGUCUGGGUUAUAUAGAGCCGCUAUUUGUCAGAGCGGCUGUUCGUUGACGAAAACGAGUUUCACAUCUCAAAGUAAUCCCAGAAAAGCAGCUUACGAAAUCGCCAGGGCCAUAGAUCCCAUGAUUUCCGAUCACAACACGACGAUAGAAAUUCGAGACUUUUUUCUAAAUCAGUCAGCUAAUGUUCUGACGGAAGCUUUUAAUGUAAAUUCGGAAAGCAGGCUACGCAUAUCCACGAAACCCGCCCUAGCCAUCUCAAUGCGUCUCUUGAUUUCUCUCGAAUGGUCGAGAUGA